AUGGUUGAAAAAGUAUCAGUAAUGGAACAAAGUACAUUAUUAGCAUUACAAAAAAAUUUUACUCAAAUAAGUAGAAUUGACCCAUUAGUAGAAAAUGUGAUAGCAUUUUCAAAAUAUACAGCUGUAUAUGAUUUUAUUAAUGGCAAAUGGGUAAAAACAGAUAUUGAUGGACCUAUGUUUGUGUAUAAAAGGAAUGCUAAACCUGAAUAUGGUAUUUGUAUAGCUAAUAGAACAUCUACACCUGAUUUUAUUGAAAAUAUUUCAUAUAAUUUGAAAUUAAAAUUUAAACCACCAUAUAUUUUAGCAUAUUUUCCAUCAGGGAUGAUAAAAGGAUUAUGGUUCUAUGAUUCAUCGCAAUGUUCUAAGAUAUAUAAUGUAAUGCAAAAGUUAAUUGAAAAAUGUUCAUUGGAGGCGGAUAAUGUUGAGAUACAGGAAGAACCAGACAUGACAAAUGCCUCUGUAAAGGAAGACAAUCAAGAAUCUCGACAACUACAACAACAACAGGAAAAGCAACAGCAACAAUUAUCUCCAAAUAAUAUUUUAGCUCAAAUGUUAGGAAGUAAGUUGAAAAUAGGAGAAAAUAUUAGUGAUAAUGUUAGUAAUAUCACUACAACAGAUAAAAUGCGAAACAGUGCUAAUAAGAACAUUGGAAAACGUAAGAGUGACAACAACGGGAAUAGUAAAAAGGAUGUCAUAUCAGUGGCAACAACAAAUGCAAUCCUCUUAACAGAAGAUAAUAAAAAAGAUUUUGUAUGUGAAAAAGUUCCUGGUUUAUCAAAAGAACAAUUCAAAGUGGCAUUUAUCAAUUUGUUAGAAAAUGAUGAGGCAUUCCUUACAUCACUUCAUAGUUCCUAUAGUAGUGUUUUGGAAAAAGCACUAUGUUGUAAUAAAAAAUAA